CGCCAUUUCUGAGGGGAAGAAAAGAAGGACGAAGGAGGGAAAUGAGGAUUCUAUGAGUCACCUCUUGGGUGUAGUAAGGAAACCAAUAAUAUCGGAAGAAGAAGAAAUAAUCUCAAGGUGAUGAUCUUGCUGAAUUCUUGACAUCACUUACAGAUAAGAAAGGAAAAAAGUAGUGCCAAGUUUCUGUAUUGCAAUUCAAUACUCAUAUCACUGUUGACAUGGAGGAGAAAGCAUUUAAAUGCCUGGAGUGUGGAAAGAGUUUUAGUGGGCGGGAUCAUCUUCAGCAACAUGAAAGGGCUCACACUGGGGAGAAACCCUAUACGUGCCUGGUGUGUGUACAGAGCUUCACUAAUCAUUCAAGUCUACAUUCACAUCAAAGGAUCCACACUGGGGAGAAACCCUAUACAUGCCUGGAGUGUGGAAAGAGCUUCACUUAUAAUUCAGUUCUACGUUCACAUCAAAGGACUCACACUGGAGAGAAACCCUAUAAAUGCUUGGAGUGUGGACAGAGCUUCACUAAGAAUGGAAGUCUACGCUCUCAUCAGAGGACUCACACUGGGGAGAAACCCUAUACAUGCCUGACGUGUGGACAGAGCUUCACUCAUAAUUCAAGUCUACGUUCACAUCAAAGAACUCAUACUGGGGAGAAACCCUAUACAUGCCUGGAGUGUGGACGGAGCUUCACUCAUAAUUCAAGUCUACGUUCGCAUCUACGGACUCACACUGGGGAAAAACCCUAUAAAUGCUUGGAAUGUGGACAGAGCUUCAGUAAGAAUGGAAGUCUACAUUCACAUCAACGAAUUCAUACUGGGGAGAAACCCUAUACAUGCCUGACAUGUGGACAGAGCUUCACUCAGCAUGCACAUCUACGUUCACAUCAAAGGACUCACACUGGGGAAAAACCCUAUAAAUGCUUGGUGUGUGGACAGAGCUUCACAAAGAAUGGAAGUCUACAUUCUCAUCAAAGGACUCACACUGGGGAGAAACCCUAUAAAUGCUUGGAAUGUGGACAGAGUUUCACUGAGAAUUCACACCUACAUAGGCAUCAAAGGAUUCACACUGGGGAGAAACCCUAUAAGUGCUUGGAGUGUGGCCAUAGCUUUAGUGAGAAUGGAAAACUACGUUCACAUCAAAGGAGUCACACUGGGGAGAAACCCUAUAUAUGCCUGGAGUGUGGACAGAGCUUCACUCGUACUUCAGGUCUACGUUCACAUCAAAGAACUCACACUGGGGAGAAACCCUAUAACUGUCUGGAGUGUGGACACAGCUUCACCAAUAAUUCAGGUCUACAUUCACAUCAAAGGAUUCACACUGGGGAGAAACCCUAUAAAUGCCUGGAGUGUGGACACAGCUUCACUCACAGUGGAAAUCUACGUUUGCAUCAAAGAACUCAUACUGGGGAGAAACCCUAUACAUGCUUGGAGUGUGGAAAGAGCUUCACCAAGAACGUCAAUUUACAGUCACAUCAAAGAACUCACACUGGGGAGAAACCUUAUAAAUGCCUGGAGUGUGGACAGAGAUUCACUCAUAGUGGAAAUCUACAUUUGCAUCAAAGGAUUCACACUGGGGAGAAACCCUAUAAAUGUUUGGAUUGUGGGCAGAGCUUCACUCAGAGUUCAAAUCUACAUUCACAUCAAAGAAUUCACACUGAGGAGAAAGCCUAUACAUGCCCGAAGUGUGGAAGUGGUUUCACUGAGAGUGGACUUCUACAUUCACAUCAAAGCACUCACACUGGGGAGAAACUGUAUAAAUGCCUGUAGUGUGGUCAGAGCUUCACUUAUAAUUCAAGUCUUCGAUCGCUUCAAAGGACCCACACUAGGGAGAAACUCUAGAAAUGCAUGGAGUGUGGUAAGAGCUUCUCGGAGAGACUCCCUAAAACAGCUUUUCAAACUUUUCAUGUUGGUGGCACUCUUUUUAGACAUGCAUCAUUUUGCAACAUAGUAAGUCAGUUUCAUUAAUAACUAGAAGUUAAACCAAUCACAUAUAAAAUUUUCAAUAUAUAUAAUAUAAUAAAAUAAUACAUAUACAUUUCAUAUACAGUGUUCCCUCACUUAUUGCAGGGGUUACGAUCCAGGACCACCCACAAUAAGUGAAAAUCUGCGAAGUAGGGACACUAUAUUUAUUUUAAUAUUUAUAUAUUAUUUUAGUAAUUAUACACUAUUUUAAGUUUUAUCAACCAGUCAUGUGUUGAUAAAUCGCCUCUUUCUCCUCCCGUUGCCGCUUGGGCUCCUUUUCUCUCCCUUCGGCUCCUCCUCCCUCCCUUCCUUAGGCAGUAAAUUGUAAUUUUUUUAUGAUUUAUAAUAGUCUUUUAAAGUUUAUUGAAAAACCGUGAAACAGCGAAUGUGCGAAAAGUGAACUGCGAAGUAGUGAGGGAACACUGUAAUCUUUACUGGAAAAACAAUUCUUGUGUGAUUUCCUCUACAGCUAAUCCAGAUUUUAUUUUAUCAACAGAUAUUAUUUUCUUAAUUAAUUCAAGUAAUAUUGUGCAAAUAACAAAAGUUGCAAUAGAACCUACACUUGAACACACCAGGACUCCCUUUCUAUCUAAAUGUGUUAGAUAAACCUAUCUAAAUGUGUUGUUGAAGGCUUCAUGGCCGGAAUCACAGGGUUGUGUGUGUGAGGUGCAUAUAUACCUCACAACCUCUCAGGCUGCCUGCCAUAGAUGUGGGUGAAACGUCAGGAGAGAAUACUUCUGGAACAUGGCCAUACCGCCCGGAAAACACACAACAACCUAUCUAAAUGUUUUUAAACAGAGGCAGCAUAGCCUUCCAUGGGUCCUUUACUGUGUUUUCCUGGCUGGUUGAAGAGGGCUGGACUAGAUACCCUUUAGGGGUCCCUUCCAACCCCAGUGAAGUAUUUAUUAUUUAUUUAUCAUAUUUAUAUCCCAUCUUUCUCUACCCGAAGGGGGACUCAAGGCGGCUUACAGACAGCACUUGCAUACUGCCUUAGACAUUAAAACAUAAACCUGAAGUAAAAUUCAAUUUAAAUUAAAUACAUACAUAAAAACAUAAUUAAAAUUCAUUCCAAUGUUAAGACACGUCAUCCAAAAGUAAGGUCUAAGACCAUUCCAUAAUCAAUUGCACGAUUUCCAAGUCAAUUUAUUGCACUGUGCUAUUUUUCAAAGGCCUGCUCCCAAAGCUAGGUUUUUACUCUCCUUCUGAAGGGCAGGAGGGAGGGGGCUGAUCUAAGAUCACUAGGGAGGAGUGCCAAGCCGAGGGGCCACUGCUGAGAGGGUCCUGUUUUUCAUCCUCACCAAUCGCACUUGUGAAGAAGGUGAGAUUGAGAUCAGGGCCUCCCCAGACGAUCUUAAACUCUGAGGUGGUUCAUAGGGGGAAAUAGGUUUGGACAAAUAGACCGGGCUGGAACCGUUUAGGGAUUUGUAGGCUAAAACCAGCACUUUGAAUUUUGCUCGGUAGCUGCAAAAUUCCACCCCCCUGACAUAGCAGGGGGUUGGUAUGCUCCCUGUAUGCCACUCAGGUGAGCUGCCUGGCAGCCGCCCGUUGGACCAACUGAAGCUUCUGAACAGUUUUCAAAGGCAGCCCCAUGUUGAGCGCAUUGCAGUAAUCUAUGUGAGAUGUAACCAGAGCAUGGACCACCGUGGCCAAGUCUGACUUCCCAAGGUACGGACGCAACUGGCGUACAAGUAUUAGUUGUGCAAAAAUUUCCCUGGCCACUGCUGAAACCUGGGGUUCCAGGCUCAACGAUGAAUCCAGGAUCACUCCCAAGCUGUGAACCUGUGUCUUCAAGGGAGUGUACUCCCAUCCAACACAGGCUGUAACAUUAUGCCCUAUUCGGCCUUACAAGUGACCACGGGGACCUCUGGCUUGUCUGGAUUCAGUUUCAGUUUGUUCGCCCUCAUGUAGACUGUCACAGUUGCCAAGCACCGGUUCAGGACCUGGAAGCCUCCUUAGCAGCAGGUGGAAAGGAGUGAUACGAGUUGGACAUCAUCUGCAUACAGAUGGCACCGUACUCUAAAACUCUGGAUGAUCUCUCCUAGCGGCUUCAUGUAGAUGUUAGACAGCAUGGGGACAGUAUUGAACCCUGCAGGACUCCACAGGACAACGGCUGUGGGGCCAAGGAGGUAUCUGCCUAGGAGUCUGGAGUCUCCUCUGGAGGGGUUUGAGCUAAGGUUGCAUGGCAGUCUGUCGGGAGGGCUUUUGACUGUUCCUUCCUGCCCAGCUGAUAACAGUAGCAAGCAUCAUUUAUCCUUGGAGAUGGUAGGAAGUUGUUAUCCCACACGAGAAGAAUAACAAAUGAAAAUUCGCGAAUGGUCAGAGAUGGACAAAGUGACUCUGCCGAUUAAAAGGGAAUCUUUGAGUAUCUUCAAGAAAGAUUGGGAUUUCUUUAUCACUUUUUCACAAUAACGGGCAAAUGUUAGUUGUUGGAUUUAUGAAUUUAGAAGAGUGUUGUCAAAAGCAGAAGCGUACUUCUAUAGGACUAUCUAAGGGGAACAGAAUAAGUUCUUAGAAUUAGACCCAAGUCUGUUUGUUUGUUUGUUAACAUACUAAUAAAAAGUUCCAUUUCCUAAUCUUACCCACUCCUUUAGCCAGCUGAAACCUACUGAUUUGUAAUGAUACCUAGUUUCUGGCAGCGCUAAGUCCCUCUCUCUUUGGCAUCUAUUUGGUUUUUGUAAGCAAUGGUAGCUUUUUUCACAUUCCAUAUAAAUUUAGUCAAAUCCUUCCUCCAAUGUUCGAAAAUUCUCACUCCUUUAAUUAUUGAUAGAUUUUGGAAUAAAAACAGCAUUUUGAGUAAGAUCGUCAUUUUUAUCAUUGCUAUUCUCCCCACCCAAUUUAUUUGAAUACUUUGACAUCUUUCCAAAUUUUCUUUAAUCUCCUUUCAUGUUUUCCAAAAUUACUUUUAAAUAUGUUGUUAUUUUUGUUGGUUAGCCAUAAUCCUAGAUAUGUUACUUUUGCAGCUACCUUACAAGCUGAUAAAUUCUCUGCUUUUUGACAGGUUUUUAAUUAAGCACAUGGACUUCUUUAUUUUAUAUCCUGCCACAUUCCUGUAAUUGUUUCUAUCAAGCUUUGAAUGCUUUUUAAUGGCUCUUAUAUAAUGCAUGCCAUAUCAUCAGCAUAUGUUUUAACUUUUAAUCCUUGUUCUUUUAUUUUCACUCCUUUGAUAAAACUGUCUUUCCUAAUUCUAAUAUUUACUAUUUCUAACAUCCAUGUGAGAAGCAAAGGUGACAAAGGGCAUGUUGUUUUCCACCUAUAUAUCAGUUGCAUGGCUCUGGGUUUGAUUUUUGUGCUUCAGUUAUUAAAUAUAUACAGUGUUUUGAUCAUCUAUUGCUUUUUCGGGUAUGACUUUGGUUUUCAUUGCUGCACAUCUGAAUCCAGCAUUUCAAUAGAGCUGUCCCUCCAUAUUUGCAGGUGUAGUUUUCAAUGCUUAUGAUUUUUUUUGUUUCUUUCCAGCCUCUCCUUAAUGCUAGUUACAGCAUAGCUAUCAUCUAAAAUAUUCUGUAAAAACACAGUAAUAAUAAUUCAUGUGCACAUUAACAGAUUAACUAAGGAGUAUAAAUAAUAAUAAUAACAAUGUAAUGGAACCUUUAUAAUCAAAAUGUCCCUAGUGUUAGCUUCUGGUGGUAGUUUCUAACAAUUAACCAGUACUCACACACCAGGUGAACGUAGCCAGCUUUAUUGCUUUAUUGGAAUUGACCCAGAGAACAGUUAAAAGCCAUUUUCUACUCAUCUCCUCCUUUUAUUCGAACCCAGAAAUAAGCUUUGGCCAAGUCCCAAUUAGUAAAAAUCUUCCUCUUGGACAAGUGAGCUAGCAUGUCCUUAAUUAAUGGCAGGGGGUACUUGUUUGUGGUGCAAAUAGCAUGCAACCCGCAAAAAUCCGUGCACAGCCUCAGUCCCCCAACUUUAUUCUGUCUAAAUAGCACAGGUACAGCGAGUUGAGAGUUUGUGGGCUCAAUAAAACCCUGAGCAAGAUUAGUGUCCACAAAUUUCCUCAAAGCUUCAAUUUCUCUUUCCGACAUGGCAUACAGCUUGGGCUUAUGUAACUGUUUUUAUUUCACAGUCCAUCUUCUUGUGAGGGGAUAAUGUCCCUGCUGCUUUAUCACUGAAUACAUCGAGGAAGUCAUGAGAUGCCUCUGGGAUAAUUUCCGUUAGCAAGUCCAUCUCCUGCUCUAUUAGCUGUACUAAUACACCGGCUACAUCCCUCUGAUGAAGGUGUAUUGGGAAAAUAUAAUACUUGUAUUGGAAACCAUAUAUUGAAUGUAAUCAUGUUAAAGAAAUAGAUAUAAGAAAAUAUGUAAUCACCAGCAGAUUGUGUGCUAGCCUUAAAAAUACACUCUGCUCAGCAAAAUAACUGUCUACCCCUAGCAGACCAAAGUUCACUCGAGUGCCAGAGACAUAUGUUAAGUGUCAACAAGAAUAGAUAAGCUAAUGGACAAGAGACAAAUUAAGGGUUUUUGGGAUGUCAAGAUAAGACCUGGCGCCAUGAGGGGAGUGCUAAUAGGUCUCUGACAGCUGAGAUAAGGGGAUUCUCCUUAAUUCUCCCCUAAUGGAUGAGACGAGAAUUCCAAAAGAUAAGGCUAAUGGAGGGUCAGAGGUCUUGAAAGUAGUCUAUAUUUUAGGAAAAUGCCAAGAUAGCUUUUAGUUAAGUGCCCAGUAAGACUUUUUUGACACUAAUUGGUGAUUGAUAAUACCUGUGUGACGCAGUAGAUGGAGGGAAAAGGGUAUAUAAGAACCUGUGAUUCUCUGUUCCCGUACCUUCGCUUUCCUGUUGACAGGGGAAGGUCUUUUUUCUUAUUGCUGUAUUCUCACUGGCCACUGCGAAUAAAAGUCAUUUUUUCUACAA